GCAGUCAGUCGAAACUGGCCGUUUUUUUGCACUUUGCUAUGUGUGCCCUUGCACUUUUGCGCUCGGGGGCCGUACGACUGCGGGCUGAGAGUCCGGCGGUGCGGCAAGUUUUCACACUGAAAAUUCUCCGCACAGGGCCGGUUGAUUUUUUUCCCUCAAACCCCCCCUCAUCCUCACUCACCGUCCCUCAACCUCUCACCCACCUCCAGAUCAAAGAUGGUCAACUCGAAGCGCGGACAGGGCAACGCCUCGGAUUCACGUCCUUUCAAGCGCGCGCUUGUGCCGCUCACUCAGGGCGACGAGGGCUUGAUGUACAAGGAGAAGCUAAAGGCGCGCCUCGGAAAGGACUCUGUCCCACUCGCUGCUGCCCACGCACGUUGCUUGCAACUGGCCAAAGACAACACCGGCUGUGACUGGCCCCUUUCCAAGGGCGCUUUCAAGGACUUUGUGCGCGAGGCCUACGAUGGUUACACUGAUUUCAGUGGCCUGGAAGAGGCCGUGCUUGCUCUCGAGGUCGGCGUGGUCGACAUGGGCGUCCUCGCCUUGAAGAUCUGUGACAAGCAUCACCGAGCGACCAGGACCGGCGUUGACAGGGCCGCCAAGAAGCAGGACAUUACUCCGAAGGACCUCUCUGCUUUGCGUGCCAAGAUCGAGGCCAGCGUCAAGGCCGAUUAUGACCAGCAUGACGCCGACGAGUGCGUUGCGCGCCUCAACGCCAAGCAUGACGCUCUUGUCGAGCGUUUCCUUGCCGCCAUGGAGUUCGCCGACAUGGACAUUGCCGACAUGGACAUCGCUGCGCCAUCCGCCACGUACCGCCCACCGACGGCAUCCGAGCCAACUGCCUCUCCGCAUGUCGCUGCCGUCAGCCUCGCACCGGCAGCCAUUGCCCCGCAAGAGUGGUCAUGGGAAUCAGUGAGCGCAAGCAAGACGCUCAAUGAUGCCGGCAGUGUUCUGCUGGUUGUCAAUCACGCCGAUCAGGCAGUUGUCGUCAAAUCGGCAACCACUUUGCCCGAAGAGUAUUUCGCCAAUCGUCUCCUGGCCAGCCUCCUGCCGCUGAUGCCUGUGCCGGACAUGCGCCUGGUGCGCUUUACCGACAACUCGGGCGAGUGGGCGCUUAUCAAGGAACGGACGGCUGCCACGGGAUCUGAUGCCACUGCUCGUGCUGUUGAAAAGCAUCUCAAUCGCCCAUACUUUGCCGUCAUGGAGUACGUGCCCGGUGUGACCCUCGACAAGCUCCCGCUCCGCCCGGACUUUGCUGCCCGCCUCCUCGCCCACUUUGAUCUUCCGCCGACGGCCGUCGCCGCCAUCUCUGACUGUCCCUUUGCGCCGCGUCAACUUGAGGCUCUCGGAUAUAUGCUUGUCGCCGAUCUGCUGACAAACAACUCGGACCGUGCUCCGUUUGGCGAGGUGUGGGACAAUGACGGCAACCCAGGCAACGUCCUCUUCCGCGCGCUCGACGGCGUUGUUGUCGCCAUCGACUCGGCGGUCACUACGCCUCGCACCUCCUGCGAUGCUGAUGCGUACAUCGCCCGGGUCACCGCUGCCGUCGCCACUGUCCUCGACGCACGCGCCUUGCCGGACUCGACCCGCGCCUUUAUCGAGAGCUGCGCCGGCGUCCCGCUCGCUCCGGACGAGGAAGCCGCCAUUGUCCGCGGCAUUGCUCGCGCCCUCGCGUACCUCACCCGCCGAGUCACCGCCGAUGACCUCGUUGCCGCUGAUGCUGCUGUCCGCGCCGCUGUUCCGCCCGCCUGCGACUGGGGCGAGGUCUGGGCAUCGGGUAUGAGCGUCAUCUCCACCGACACGCUGCUCACAACCCUCGCGGCGCUCCAGGCCACCUUUGCAUCGUCCCCGUUUGCAUCGAACAGCUUUCUCUUCCCGAUCUCGCUCGACGAGCUCACAGCCUAUCAAUCGGAGCUCUUCGCGGCUCGCAGCUCCGAAUCGGACGCCGCCGCCAUCACCAGCGAUGGCGCCGUCCACGCGCUCGCCUUUCAAGUCCGCCACAUGUUUGCUGCAGACGCCAAAGACGUUAUCACCCGCGAGCUCGAUGCCAUCUUUUCCGGCCGCGGCCCACCGCCAGCCGUCGUCGUCUUUCCCGAGGGCUGGGUGACCGCCUCGCGCAGCGACCUUCAAGCCGAAGCCCGUGGCGCCCCACUCGACGAGCUCCCGUUCAUCGCCACCGUGGCAGGUGUUAUCCGCCGCUACGGUGUCUAUGCCCUGCUUGGGACCCGGAUCGAGACCGCGCCACAUGGCGCCAGCUAUUGCCAGGCCAUCCUCCUUGAUCCCGAGGGCUGCGUCCUCGCCACGUACCGCAAGCGCAAGCUCGUCGGUGCCUCCUCGCUCAAAGCCGGGUCAUCUACCACUGUAGUCGACACCGCCUUUGGUCGAGCCGGCAUCCUCAUUUGCUUUGAUGCCGAAAACCGCGACGUCUUUGACGAGCUUGUCGCCGCGCGGCCUCGCUUCGUCCUCAACCCAGUCCACAUUCCGCUCCGCUCCGCCACCUCGUACACCCAGCACAUCGCCAACUGGCACAUUGGGCUUGUCUCGAUGGCCGAGACCUUUGAGACCCGCAUCCGUGACGCAGGCAUCGCCCUGCUCCGGGUCGACAAGCCACGCGAGGCCUCGUCGCUCGGAUCGUCGCAAGCCAUCACGCCGGUGGUCACCACCGCCGUCUCCACCAUGGCCGAGACAGUGUUUGGCGUCAACCUCGGCCCACACUCUCCGCUCCCGCUCCCGCCGCCUUCGCUCAGCGAGGCCCGAACCAAGCCGGAGCAGAACACAGGGAACCGGAUCCUUGUCCGCGGCCUGCAUCUUGGAGCCUCGGCGGCCCGCGCCGGCUGGCGGACCGACGUGGCGCCGGCGGCCUCGGACGCUGCUGCGGUCGCCGUUGCCCUCGACGCAGCCAACCGCAUCCACCUCUUUGACCUCGCACAGCACACAUGGCGCGGUGCGUGGCAGGCCCCUGUUGAGCCGAUCGCUCUCAUCGUCUCGGGCCUUCGCACGGAGUUUUCGGUCGGCGUCUGUGAUGCCUCGGGCGCCUGGCUUGUCGCCUCGUUUGACACGCUUGUUUCCCAGGUGCGCGAAACACUUGUGCUCGACUUUGCUCCGCCGUCGGACGAGCUCCUCGCCUCACUCUCGUGUGCAUCUCCUCGGUCCACAGACCUCGACGUCGCUGUCUCGGCAGACCGCUUUGGCAUCGAGCUGUCGUCGCCGGCAAGCUCGUCGACCGCCUCCGUCUCGGUCGCGCUCGACGAGCCCAUCGCCGGCGCGUGGAUGUCUACCCCCCAGCUCGUGGUUGUCCUUGGCUCCCGUCCGCUCUCUCGCAUCUGGGUUGUCCGCUUUGAGCGGAACUGCCGCCACACCGAUUGGGCGCUUCUAGCCGAGGCGGGACCGCACUAG